GGCUUCUGGCUGCAGCAAAGUGCGACUCGUAUGGGUAUCUGACAGAUCACGCCCAACUUUCUUGCUCUCGAACCGACACCGCCACAGACCGGGUUAGGAUACUUCUUCUCACGCGCAUGCCAUCCAACAUUCUGUCGGACCGCAGCACAUAAGUGCGUUGGACGCGACUCGCGAGUGCAACGUCGGCAGAACGGGAAAUAGGAGAAAUGGUACAGUGUCCUUUUAACCUUCUUUCCAAUUCAGCUUAUGCAGACUUCGUACCGGGUUGCUAACCGCGACAUGGACACGGCAUGAGAGGGCCACUUGAAGAGUUCUUUCCUACAUGAUCUGAGCCUAGACACAGGAAACGGUGAGUUGAAUAACGCGAAAGACUAUUUUUAAUUCUGCCUUAUUCAAUGUUGAUUGGGUGAUCCAUUCCACCUUACUCUGCAAUCGUGAUUCUCGACCACCACGGAGAGCGUAUAAGAAGGGUUGCAUCUAUCCCAGAUGACCAGAAGCAACAAUGUAUCAACCUCUGCACCAAGGACUCGUCAACACUCCCACGACACCCGAGGCGGGCCGCAAGCUGCAGGAGCUGCUGGCGCGGGAUGCUCGAGAACAUCAUUGCUUUUUCGAUGACAUCGGGCGCAAGAACCACAAUGCGCACCAUUUGGUUGCAGCGUACGAUCUGGGUGCGACUGGGGCUUUGCUGGCGAGAAUCUACGAAGAGGAGAGUGUGAUUCUCCGCCCCCUAGGCCCCCAGUACGAUAUAUUCACCGAUCAGACGUGGACGACGAGACUGGGCGAGCGACAGGCAUAUGCGAGCUAUCUCCUCUUCUUUGAGAAGAAGAUCGGAGCGCUCGGCGUCCAGAAGACGAUCGAGGAGUACGUGCUGGCCCCGGCAGCGAACGCGAACGGCGCUGCGAUGCUCAGCCGGUUUUUAGCGGCGCGUAACGUGCAUCCGAUCAUUCACGUGGGGCUCGGCGUCGAGGUUGGUCAAGACUGUGUCGUUGCACAAGGUCUCGCUCUCUGCGCUGUCGUAGAUGCCGACUUUGUCUCGAUCUUGUCCGGUCAGCCUUCGGGUUUGCCUGAGCUUUCCGCAGUUCCUACCGGUGGUGCAACGCUCUUGUCUAUCCUCCGCGAGGUCUACGAGUCACCUACGCUUGGUCCCCUUGCCCCAUACAAUCCGCGCGAUAUGCUUGGCUUAGGUUUCAACCGAUUGACGGAGUCACCGGCCCGGGGCGCUGAGCUACGUCGGCUAUACGCCGGAUGGUCGCUCGAUACAACACUUACCGAUUCGGCCUUUAAAGCCGAAUGUCAGAAGAAGGUGGACGAGUGCUUCUGGCAGGCCACAUUGUUGACCGCAGCAGCGGGGCGCCCCGGGCGCGAGAAUCGGAUCGACUUCUUCCUGAUGCACACGCUGACCAGCGCCGUGUCGCUGCCUACGCUCUUAGCUGCGCUCCCGAACAAGCUGCACAAGGCCCAGCUGCUCCAAGCCCAUGCGCUCGCAUCUGCGCUGUGGGCCAUCGCGCGCGGUCGGCCCCGCAUCAAUCCCGCGCUGCUGAUGUCGUGUCCCGACCUUGCCCCGGGCCAGCCAGGCGGUGAGUCCAACCCGUGGCUGCCCGUCACGCUGAAUGCUCUCGAGCACGCUGAUUCGCAUGUGAUCAAGACGAUCCGCACGCUGUACUAUGCGGCGCAGCGGCUCGGGCAAACCCCUGCUGGCGGGGUGCCAGGUGCAGUGGAUAGCGAUGGGAAGGAGACACACGAGGGAGCGAGUCGGCUCGAUGGGUCAGCCUUCGUCCGAGCUGCUAUCAUGACGAGCGAGACCCUCGGCUGGGUUGCGUUUGGAGGCGAACCAGGGCAGUGGGAUCGUAGCUCUCUUGGGUGGGAUGCUGCGAAAGGGCCACUUGGAGAAUUCUAUGCUGGACGAUCUGAGCCUAGAUUCAAGGAUCAAUGGCCAGAAAUAUCGAGGAACACCAUGUAUCAACCUCUCCGCCAAGGCCUUGUCAACACUCCCAACACACCUGAGGCCGCCCGAAAGCUGCAGGAACUGCUGGCGCGGGAUGCCCGCGACCAUCACUGCUAUUUCGAUGACCGCGGAUUCAAGAACCAUAAUUCCCACCAGUGCGUCCCUCUCCAUGCUUUUCAUGAUCCGCAGUCGCUGAUGACAAACCGCGCCAGCUUGAUUGCAGCCUACGACCUGGGCGCGACUCCCGCUUUGCUGGAGAAGAUCUACGAGGGAGAGAGCGUGCCGCUCCUGCCCUUGGGACCCCAACACGAUAACUUCACGGACCAGACGUGGACGACGAGGCUGGGCGAACGAAACGCGUAUGCGAGCUACCUUCACUUCUUCGAGAAGAAGAUCGAAGCGCUCGGCGUCCAGAAGACGAUCGAGGAGUAUGUGCUGGCUCCGGCGGCGAACGCAAACGGCGCUGCGAUGCUGAGCCGGUUGUUUAGCGGCGCGAUACAUCCUGUCAUUCACGUGGGACUCGGCGUCGAGGUCGGUCAAGACUGUGUUGUUGCCCAAGGUCUCGCUCUCUGCGCUGUCGUGGAUGCUGACUUCGUCUCGAUCUUGUCCGGUCACCCCUCUGGUUUGCCAGAGCUCUCCACCACUCCUACCAGUGGUACAACGCUGUUGUCCGUCCUCCGCGAAGUCUACGAUUCGCCUACGCUUGCUCCACUGGCCCCUUACAACCCCAGCGACGUGCUUGGGAUCGGGUUCAACGACUUGACGGCGUCGCCCGCCCGGGGUGCUGAACUCCGUCGGCUAUACGCCCAGUGGUCGCUCGACACAACGCUCUCCGAUUCGGCUUUCGACGCCGAGUGCGAGAAGAAGGUAGACGAGUGCUUCUGGCAGGCCACAUUGCUGACCGCAGCGGCGGGGCGCCCCGGACGCGAGAAUCGGGUGGACUUCUUCCUCAUGCAUAUCCUCACGAGCGCCAUGGCCCUGCCGCCGCUGCUGGCCGCGCUCCCCAACAAGCUCCACAAGGCGCAGGUGCUCCAGGGCUACGCGAUCGCAUCUGCGCUGUGGACCAUCGCGCGCGGUCGGCCCCGCGUGAAUCCAGCGUUGCUGAUGUCGUAUGCGGAUGUCGCCCCGGCUCAGCCGGGCGGUGCGGCCAACCCGUGGCUGCCGGUCACGCUGAAUGCGUACGAACAGGCGGACUCGCAUGUGAUCAAGACGAUCCGCGCGCUGUAUUACGCUGCACAGCGGCUCGGCCAGACGGCUGCCGGUGCGGUGCCUGGUGCGGUGGAUAGUGCUGGAAAGGAGACGCACGAGGGAGCGAGUCAGCUAGAUGGGUCGGCGUUUGUCCGGGCUGCUAUCAUGACGAGCGAGACCCUCGGCUGGAUUGUAUUUGGAGGUAAGCAGGGGAAUUGGGAUCGUAGCUCUCUUGGGUGGGAUGCCGCGUGGGCGUGA